AUGGCGGCCAAUUACUGGGAUUCGACUCAGCGGACACACUGGACCUUCACAAAAGACCAGCUCGAGGACAUCCGAGAUCAACAACUUCAAGACAACCAAGAACUGCAUACCAAGUACCCUCUACCUGAACCACGUCUAAUGAAUAUAUACUUCCAGCAACCCCAGGUUUAUGUACGGCGGUUCUAUACCAAAGUCGAUAUUCGAAGGACAAAUCCAUACCUCGUCAUGACAACAGCUGUAUACGUCGCUUGUAAGGUCGAGGAAUGUCCGAUACACAUCAGAUUGGUCUUGGCAGAGGCAGCUAGGCAAUGGCCUGAGCUAGGUAUCAACGACAUCUCCAAGAUUGGUGAAUGCGAAUUUCAUCUCAUCAGCACUAUGUCAGCACGCAUGAUCGUUCAUCAUCCGUACCGGAGUCUCAACGAUCUGGCCCCAGGAUUAAAUUUGUCUACCGAGGAGUUGGCUCUGUCCCAGAAUGUCAUCAACGAUCACUACAACACUGAUAUGCCUUUGAUGUAUCCACCACACAUCAUUGCUGUCACAGCCAUGUUUCUCGCUGUCGUCUUACGCCCAACUCAGUCAAAUCUGCAAGCACAUGCUGCCGCGACGAGUGCAUCGGCCUUGCAGAGUGCUUUGCAAAAUCCUAACAAAAUUGCCAAGAUGGUCCAAUGGAUGGCCGAAAGCGAUAUUGACGUCGGAGCCUGUAUGGCUGCUACUCAAGAGUUUAUCAGCCUCUAUGAAGUCUGGGAAAACUAUAUCGAAAGGAACUGUAAAGACGGCAUUUCGAGAUUCAUGAAGGAUACUCAGCUCGGCAAAUAG